CACGAGGAUACAUAAAGCCCUGAUUAGUGGAGCACAGAUUAAGCGAGUCACCAUGGAGACGGAGGGAAAGAAGGCGCGGUCAAUGUAUUUUACAGCGCUUGAGGCCGAAAUUCUGAUGGCAGCAUAUGCCGACAACAUGCAUAUUUUGCGGAAAAAAAGUAACACAGCCUCAGCUGCAAAAGAAAGGGAGCAUGCAUGGCAAAACAUAGCCGACAGAGUCAAUGCGUGAGUGUUAAUUUAAACAUUGAUCUAGGGAUUUCCACCCAUUUAACACGUUAUUUUAUUAUAUUUCAUUUUAUUUUUUAUUUUAUACAUUUUAUUUUGUGAUGUGAUGUGAGCGCAGGUGCAACCCAACAGGCCCCAAACGUUCCUGGCAGCAAGUAAAAAUGAAAUAUAAAAACAUAGUCCAAACAGCCAACAGAAAAAAAGCGGAGGCCCGAAAAACAGGUGGGGGUCCUCCACCACCACCACUCACAGAGGCGGAGCAGUUGGCCCUCAGCCAAAACAGUGGGCGCCCUGUGGCUGAAGGCAUCUCUGCGGGGACAUCCUCUGAGUCAAUAACCCCGCAAGACACAAGUGCCUACAUAAGAGUUGAUGGUGAUGGUGUACUGCAUCUGGUGCAGCCUCCUGUUGAGCCAGACCAACAUGCAGUUGAAAUUGAAGAAACAUUGACAGCUGUUACAGAGGAGGAAGCAACAGAGACACUUUAUGAGAGUGAUGAUGGAAAUGCAGAGGAAGAGGGUCCAGCCACUUCUCCAACAAACCUUUCCUCACUCCCUGUAAAGCAGCUGUAUAGGAAAUACUUGAUCAAGAAAAUAGAAAAAUGCAACUUGGAAAUGGAACACUUCAAGCAGCAGAUCCAAAAGACCAAGAUUGAGAUUUUACUGCUGGAACAUCAGUUAAGGGUGGGUGAAGUGGUCAGAGAUGGACGAAUUAUUUCAGUGUUUGAACAACAUACUAAUAUACUUAUUAAUACUUUGUGUACAGGAAAUACAGGCGACCAAUAA